AUAUCACCACCGCUUUACCCACCUUUCACUCUCUCUGUGCUACAGUACUAAGUCGCCCUAAGCUUGUCGCUGUGGAACCUGCAGACAGCUUCAAACCAGCCCUUAGAAUUCGCAGCUUAGCUGUGAGGCUAUCAAGCGACCGCAGCAUUUUAGAGAGAAGCCAUGGCCGAAAAUAGCGGCGCUGACAGCAGCAGCGCAGGACACAUCCCUGAGUAUAUUCCAUCCAAGCACGUUCCACUAACAGACCAGCUAGAAAAGGACAAGGAUGACGAGAGCUUACGGAGGUGGAAGGAGAGCCUACUAGGCGAAUUAUCGCUCGACGAUAAAGGCAAGCGAGGAGACUCAGCGGUCGAGUUUUCGGCGGUGCGGCUGGUGGUGGAGGAGCGGGACGCCAUCGCGCUGCCGCUGCCCAAGGACGGCGAGGCAGUGGCGCUGCCGGCGAGCUUCGAGCUGAAGGAGCGGUGCAGGUACCGGCUGCAGUUCGAGUUCGCGGUGGCCAACGACGUGGUGCUGGGCCUCACGUACGUCAACACCGUGUUUAAAGACGGCGUUCAAGUGGAUACUUCUAAGGUGAUGCUUGGAGCAUAUGCGCCACAAGCAAAGCCGUAUGUGUAUGUGACGGAAGAGGAGACAACACCUGAUGGAGAGGACGUUCGUGGCAAAUAUACGGCAGAAACAAAGUUCGCUGAUGAUGAUGGCAAAGUUUACUUGACAUUUUCGUACUCCUUUGAGAUCAAAGAGGAAUGGUAGGUUCUUAAAUAUUCUCUAAUCAUAGUAUCCGUAUGUGGGGGGGGGGGGGAGGAGGGGGGGGGGGGGGGGGAGGGGGAUGUUUCCUUGCACAUGAACGUGCAGUAUGCUUUGACGAAUUUAGGGGAGGUACAUUUGAAGGGUAUGAGGAGGUGGCAUGUGGUUUAUAUAUGCCAAUUUGCCAUGUUUGUGAGAAAUUGGUUUUAUUCUUCGACAUUUUACUCAGUUCGUACAGGUUCAUAG